CGCGUGCGUAUGUGUGUGUGCGUGUCAUAUCAACCAGUCACAUUCAACAGUCAACCACAAAAUCACAUUUGGAUUUUGGAUCCUGGCCUCCUGGCGUUCCACGUUCCAGCUCGUGCAUGCAAUCAAUAAAUAAAUUAAUAAUCACACCUUGUUUUGUGCAAUACUGAUAAUUUUUCAAAAUUACGAAUGAAGGAUGAUUUGUAUAAAUGAUAGAACAGGAUCUAGGAACAGAAACGCUUUAUAGCUUGUAAUUUGUGAUCGUUUAACGUAUAACCUAUAACGGCAACUUUAUUUGCUCGAUAUUGCUCCAUACACAUAAUCGGAUUUCGUCUCCAAGAAUGUUUUGGAUUUAAUACGCGUAUAUUAAGUUCUAUACAUCUGAGAUUUACUCUUGAAGUUGCACACCUCGAGCGGAACGCAUCUCUUGUAGGAAAUAAUGCAACGUACAACGCGCGGGAAAAUUCCGCGCGCUAAAGGAUCAUCGCAAAAGUGCACCAAGACAAUAAAUUGUCAUUCAUCGAUAAACACAUGGGUAUUUCUUAUGAAAGGAGAUAGCCUGGACAGCUCAAAUGUGGCUCAAUCAGAGAUUGUGAAACUUAGACAUCCAGCCUCUAAUAAGCCAACUAUAUUUGUAUUCAGUCCUGGUAAUCUCACAGUGCAAGAAGUUUUAAUCUUUGACGAAACUAAAAGGUCUUGGUUCAUUGACAAUAAUGUCAAAUCUGAUGGCAAGUUGUACUUGUCAACAUCAAUUGAUCCAAUCUUUUUAGUUUUGCCGUACCUAAGAAAGUCACAACUGGCGCAACCUUUAGAGCAAUGUCUCUGGGACGAGGAUUUUCCAGAAACAUAUCGCCUUGCACAAUGUGAAAAUUUGAAAUUGGGGUUAGUUGCUGAUUGUAAAGGAGAUAAAUCAUUACAAGCUUUCAAGUUUAAUGAAGACAAAUCAUUAAAGUGGUUGAAGGAAAAAGUAGAAAAGGUGGCACGUUUAUUGGAGCAAAAAGGAGUUCACGUGUCUCAAGGUGCUAUGAGUGCUACUUAUGUUAAGAGUACUAAAUAUGAAAUUGGCACAGAGACAGAAUAUUUGAAAUAUGCGCAUGGAAUUGUAUCUGAAUAUCUUGCUGAAGAUCUCUCACAGAAACUGGCACAACAUUUGAAUAUAUCCGAUGAAAUAGAUAGUAAAAAACGCAAACUAGAUAGUCCUAAAAAUGUAACUAAUGAGAAAAAACUUAAAAGAGAUUCCUUUGAAGAAAGCCCACUGAAAGCAAAGACAAAGAACUUAUUAAGUAAACCUGAAAAGGUACAGAAAAACAUUGCUCCUGGUAAAAAGGAAUUAGCUAGACAAAGAGCAGCUGCAGGAUCUAAAAGCAUUACUAGCUUUUUCCAAAAAAAGUAGAUCUUACAAUACAAAGAUAUAUAUAUUACAACAAUUUUAUAAAUUAUAAUGCCAUUUAUAAAUGCCUUUUUCAAUAUGUCGAAGUUUUUAUAAAUUUUAUUGUUUUGUAUAAAAAUAUGUGUUUAAAAUAACAUCAAAGUUGAAAAUUGCACUAUUAUUUCAUUGACGAAAUUAUGUAUUAGGAAAAGAAUAGUUUUUUCCAAUAGUUUUAUGAAUUUUUAGGUAUAGUUUAAGUUUAAAUGCAACACAAUAAAUGCAAUUUGAUGAA